GGUCUUUGUGAAUAGUUUAGAAUCUCUGAGAUUUUGAGGAGUUUUCUUUAAAUUUUGCUUGAGUGUCUAUUUAAAUUGAAGUUUAAUUAUAUAAAUGCAGCUAUUUAAAGCUAUUUUGGCUUCUAUAUAUAUAAAAUAUAUAUACAAUAAACGAGGAGUCUUCGAAACUAACGCAGUGAACUUGGAUGUUUUUUGAAGGAGCGUUCUUCGCAGCUUAUAAGUUUCUUGAAAAAUUUAAUACAUUUCUCAUAAAACCUUUUCAAAACUAAAGUCUUUUGCAUAGAUAAUUUUCAAAAUGCUGGAGAAAAAGGAAUCGUUCGAUAUGGAAGAGUUUACGGAGCAACUCAAGUCUCUGUUUACAAAUGGAAGGUUAAAGAGACAUGUGAACCUGAGGAACGUUAUGGACAAGUGGUAUCAAGGGUUCCUUUCUAAAAUUCCACACGAGGAUUUGCCUAAAAUGCUAUUCCUGGCUGUCAAUCCAAAUAGGGCUGAGGGAAGUGAAAAACACAAGCCAGCGACAGGACCCAGCGAGUUCACAGAUGGCGGCGCCAUGGGCGUUGGUACCAUGGUAGGCAGGGGGGAGCUGACCCUUGAGGUUAAGGCUGAUUCUAUCACAAGGAGUCUGGAAAGGCUGGAGCAAGUUUUGGAAAAGAAAUCCCUGACCCCAUUACUGCGAGAAAUGCAGCUCCGUCUCCUUAAGCUAAGUGCCUGCGAGAAGUCGAGGAGCAGCUCCGGCCCAAGCACACUCGAGAGCAACUUCUCGGACUCCGACGAGAAACUUGACGAUGACGAUGAGGAAAUCCUCGCGUUCACAGAGAUAUUCGAGAUGUUUGGGCAUUCCAUCCCAGAGCAGAUCAAGAGCCUGUAUGGGGGGAUCAUCUCGCAGAAGAAGAUUCCCGUACGGCAAGGGACCGUCGGUCACAAGAAGUCGUUCUUUGUUUAUGCGGAAAACAAGAUCAUCAUGAAGAUUUGUGAUGAUUUGACUCCGAAAGACAUCUAUCACAUGUACCAGGUUCUCCACGAGUCAGAGGAAGUCAAGGAAGACGACGAUGCAAAGAGGAUUCUGACGCAGCACAUAAAACUCAAGCCACUGGAGAAGGUUCCAGGCCUCAAAGAUGCAGCCUUCUAUUACCUGAUCCUCUUCAUGAUGCAGAAGAAAAUGCUGAACCGUCUCUACACUCACAAACUCAUCUUCAUCUUCGAGCAGCUGAGAGAGAUGGCACGCAGCGACAAAAAGUACAACCCCAAGCUAGACCUCAUUCUUAAUGCUCUAGACAGAUACCCCAUUGCCUCGCGUCCGCCCGGCCUCUGCCUCAUAUUCACAGUGAAUGAGGGUCGUGUGGGGUCUCAGAAGGACGUCAUCAGGGUUAAAGAGCUGUUCGAGAAGACCUACAGAUACGACGUUUUCACCAAAAUCGACCCGACGGCAGAAGACAUCAAGUCGAUCGUCAAUAAGUUGAAGCAUGCCAGGAAUAAAUUCUAUGACAGCCUGGUAGUUUUCUUCAUGGGACAUGGCGACAAGACGUACCUGACUGUUAAGGACAGCUGCAUUCACAGAAGGCGUGAAUUCAUCGACCCUUUCAUACAGAUCGAGUGGUUCUUCAAAAAACCCAAACUCUUCUUCAUUCAGGCCUGCUCUGUCAAGAAGGAAAAGAGGAGAGUUUCUUCUACGUCAAACAAUCUUGAUGCAAAGGGUGUUCCCACCCAAACUGACUCAGUAGGCUGGAGAGCCUCAGCUGGCCCAGAGUGGCAGGAGAAAUACGCAGACUACACGGAAAUCAGCAACAUCAACACUUACGCGGACACAUUAAUAUCCUAUGCGACGAUGUGGUACCAGUAUGCCUCGAGAGGGAACGAAGGAUCGUUGUACAUAGACACACUGGUCGACCAGCUCAAGAUGCACGGACACACGGAAAGCAUCGAGAACGUCUUACGAAGGGUCCACUAUAACGUCAACACGGUCUGCUUGCUGAACAACGAAUCUGGUGAGGAAAUACUCUGGAGGCAGGCCCCGUACUUCGAGUCAUCCCUCUUGAAGGAAUUCAGAUUUAAUUCGCCCGAGUAGCGAGAGGUACAUAGUCCCCGUGAGGGGGAAAUAGAUCUUGAGGGAUAACUUUAAGAGAUGUUACAGAAAAUUAUUGGCUUUACAUCAACAGUUUACCAGAAACAUGAAAAAACCAAUACAAAAAUAACUCAAAAACUGAUACAAUAUAUCCUUAUACUUAUACUACUACACAAAAUUCCAUUUGAAGUUUUCUAUUUUUAAAACAAGGCCCCUUCUCCUUAGAACCAUUUAUAUUAUCUUCGUUAUGUCUUUCAUUGACCUCAUUUUCAACAAAACAUUAUAUAAACUUUCAAAACCAAUAUAUGCAUACAGCAUUAAACUUAAGAUGGUAAUUGAAAAUUUAUUUUAAAUAUUUCCAAAUCAAACUUGUAAAUAUAAUUGUUACUUAAGUGUGUGAGUGACUUGGGAGAAAAUUACAUAUACAUUUUGAAUAAUUUCAUGAUCAUUUUAGUAGAUGUAAGAGACUUAUUUAGUAUAUAAGAUAUCAUUGGGAGAAUAACAUACUGUGUAUAUAUUCAUUAUUAGUCUAAUAUAGUACUGAUGAGUGAAAUAAAAAGUAUUUUUCUACAUGAAA